AGCGGUGCAUUGGUGUGCCUCUCUGAGGAGCCGGGCUCAGACUAGCCAUGCUUCGAAGGGCGCUGCAGCUCGGCUGGAGCCGGGGACUCUUCAUCCGGAGGCUGGGCACGCGCAGAGGAGGCUCUUCUCUGGACUGGGAUGGAAAUAUAUCUGAGAUUAAGAAGAAGAUCCAGUCGUUCCUGCCUGGAGGAACCUGGAAUCCACUGUAUGAUACCAGCCACCUGCCCCCUGAACAAUCGGAUGUGGUGAUCGUGGGAGGUGGAGUGCUUGGCCUAUCUGUGGCGUAUUGGCUGAAGAAGCUGGAGAAGAUACAAGGUGGCAUUCGGGUGUUGGUGGUGGAACGAGACCACACGUACUCACAGGCUUCCACAGGGCUCUCUGUGGGCGGAAUUCGACAGCAGUUCUCUUUGCCUGAGAACAUCCAGCUCUCCCUCUUUUCAGUCAGCUUUCUACGGAACAUCAAUGAGCACCUGGCUGUGGUUGAUGCCCCUCCCCUGGAUCUCCAGUUCAACCCCUCAGGCUAUCUCUUUCUGGCUUCAGAAAAAGGUGCUGCAAUCAUGGAGAGCAACGUGAAAGUGCAGAGGCAGGAAGGAGCCAAAGUCUGUCUGAUGUCCCCUGAGCAGCUUCGGAACAAGUUUCCCUGGAUAAACACAGAGGGAGUGGCUUUGGCAUCUUAUGGGCUGGAGGAUGAAGGUUGGUUUGACCCCUGGUGUCUGCUCCAGGGGCUUCGGCGAAAGGUACAGUCCAUGGGCGUCCUUUUCUGCCAGGGAGAAGUGACACGUUUCACCUCUUCAUCUGACCGCAUGAAGACCGCAAGUGAGAAAGAGGUGAUAUUGAAAAGGAUCCAUGAAGUCCAUGUGAAGAUGGACAACAGCCUAGAGUACCAGCCUGUGGAGUGUGCCAUAGUGAUCAAUGCAGCAGGAGCCUGGUCUGGGCAAAUUGCAGAACUGGCUGGUAUUGGGAAGGGGCUACCUGGCACCCUACAGGGCACCAAGCUACCUGUGGAGCCAAGGAAAAGGUAUGUGUACUUAUGGCACUGCCCCCAGGGACCAGGCCUGGAGGCACCACUCGUUAUAGACUCCAGUGGAGCCUAUUUCCGCCGGGAAGGAUUAGGAAACAACUACCUAGGUGGCCGUAGCCCCACUGAGGAGGAGGAACCGGACCCAGGAAACCUGGAAGUGGACCAUGAUUUCUUCCAGGACAAGGUGUGGCCCCCUUUGGCCCAGAGGGUACCAGCUUUUGAGACUCUAAAGGUUCGGCGUGCCUGGGCCGGCUAUUACGACUAUAACACCUUUGACCAGAAUGGCGUAGUGGGCCCCCACCCACUAGUCGUCAACAUGUACUUUGCUACGGGCUUCAGUGGUCAUGGGCUUCAGCAGGCCCCGGGUGUGGGGCGAGCUGUAGCAGAGAUGGUGCUGGAGGGCCACUUCCAGACCAUCAACCUGAACCCCUUCCUCUUCAGCCGUUUUUACUUGGGAGAGAAGAUCCAGGAGCAAAACAUCAUCUGAGCUUGUGAGCUCUUCACGGGGCCUCUCUGGCUUGCAUUCUGGGGCACCUUGGCUUGCAUUCUGGCCAUGUUCACAGUCCUCUUUGCUACUGGAGUUCUCCCUGGGACUGUGCCAGGGUCUUCUCCCUCAGGCAUGCCCAGGGGCUCACCCUGCUUCCCCACUGACCUCUCAUCCAGGCCAUUCUGCCCCAAAAUGGCUGGGGAGUCCCAGGCCAAAAGAAAUGGUGAGGCAGGACCAAUAGAUCUGUAACCCAAGCUAUUGCCACCCACCAGGGCAGUCCAGCUGGUGUCCAGAGCACUCUGGCCCAGGACUGGCUCCUUCUUGGUACUGAUGAGGAAAGACUGCCUCUGACUCUCUUGGCAGACCCAGGCAGAGCCCUGCCAGGGGAGCAUGCUGGGGCAACCUAGCCCAGAUUUACUGAGUUGUCUAUUUACCCGAUUUACCAGUCAAUAAAUGUGAUUAACUCCUUCC